AUGUCUGAGACGGAUGAAAGCUUAUCUGACGUUAGUCUAGAUGAAGAAGAUGAAGAAUUGAUCUGGAGAGUAUUUUAUGGAGAUUAUGAAAGUAAGAUAAAUUCAAACAAUAACUCUGGUUACCCCUCUGAUUAUGAAUCUGAGGAAUAUAGUAGUAGUCGAGCUCUGGCACUGGCGGAGCCUGAGAGUUCCGGCUUAAAGCGCAAAAGAGAAGCUGAUGAUGAUGAUGAACUAAACCUCUCCGAUAUAGAUGACCCAGAACUUAUAGCCAAAUAUGAAAGUCUCAAGUCACUCCAAGACUUGCCAGUAUCUGAACUUCCGGUAUUAAAUGAAGAGGAAAAGAAGCGUUUAAUAAUUUCAUCGUUUACUGAUGAACAGAUGGAUAAAUUUGAAUCGUAUCGUAGAAUGACUGUAAAUAAGCCUGGGGUUAAAAAGGUUUGCAAUGGAGUAUUGGGUCACCUGAUAGCGCAGAAUAUAGCAGUGGUACUUGCUGGGUUAUCCAAGCUGUUUUUGGGUGAAAUCAUAACCAGAGCCAUGGAAAUUCAACAACGUAACUAUAGGGCCAAGUUGAUUGUAGAUGUAGAAAAUAAGAAGAAACAGAAGAGAGAAAUAUUGAAGAGCUUGGAAAGUGGCAAGGAUGUUGAAGUAGAGGACGUGAAAUUAGAAUAUUUGGGAGAUAAACAGCAUUCAUUGCAACCUGAACAUAUCAGAGAGGCAUGGAGAUUAUAUAACUUGGAAAGCAGUAGCGCAUUGAAUGCUAGUUGGAGACAGCAGGGAGACUCCAGUGGUAAAAUGUUCAGGUAA